CGCGUGAAUAUUUCUUAUCUAUGCGUGAUAGAUUAUUCUUAUCUAUACAGAAUAUAACAAUAUCUACCAUGGUUCAAUAAUAUCAGAACCAUAGAGUAUAAUAUUUAUACUCUAUGGGGUUAGGUUAUCUGAGAUCGUCUUAUCUACUGUUCUUACUUUUUAGUGAUAAAAACACUUGUUCGUUGUUUUCAAAACAUAUUUAUAAAAACUACGAAACUACCACGUACCGACGUACCUAUUCAAGUUUAAAUAUAACUGUUUUAUAGUGGUUAAAUAAUUAACUAUAGUGCUUAUGUAAGGAUUAGUAAUACUAUACUUGAUGUCAUAACUUGCAAGUUAUUUGGAUAGUAUAUUCAUAAUUCGUAUGUUAUUCAGUGUUCAUAAAUUCUAAUCUGUGCUUACUCUUAACUUCGAUGGUCAUUUCACAUUCACAUUUUCACACUGUACAGUUUAAGAUCCAGCGUUUCUGUCAUAGUCUGAUAAUUAAAAAUUUAGUUUGAUGGUCUCAUUAUAGAUAAUCUCAUUUUAAUUGCUUUAGUAAGUAAUAUUCAAUUUAGUUUAUAAAUACUUUGUAUUUUAAAAUGGAUACAAGCAAUGAUUAUUUAUUCGCUCUACAAUUACAAAACGAGCUAUCCAAUUUUGAGGACAAUGAAACACUAUCUUUUAUAGAUUUAACAAAACCUACAACCAGUUUGGCUUCUGGCCCUAGUAGUAGUAAUACAGUUGAUUUAACUGAUAUCAGUACUAUUGUCAAAAAACAAAAGCGUAAUGCAACUAAUGCUAUUGAUAAUAUACCUCGAUCAAUUAAACGAUCAUACACUCAAAAUUUAGAUGCUACCGAAAGUGUAGUAGAUCAUUCUUGGGAAAUGUUAGAUCCAAAUCCAGAUAUACACGGUUUAUUUUUGGCAUUUAAUCGACAGUAUUUUUGGAGUACAUUGGACUCGGUCAUGGUACAAUGGAGUAAAAGGAUGACAGUCUGUGCUGGUUUAUGUAGAUAUCAGAAUGGAUUUUGCUCCAUAAGCCUCAGUGAACCGCUUUUAAAACUUAGACCUCGAAAGGAUUUAGUUGAAACGCUAUUGCACGAAAUGAUACAUGCAUAUUUGUUUCUUACUAAUAAUAAAGAUCAUAGAGAUAGAGAUGGGCAUGGGCCAGAAUUUUGUAAACAUAUGUACCGGAUAAAUGUAGGAGCUGGCACUAAAAUAUCAAUUUAUCACGAUUUUCAUGAUGAAGUAAAGUUAUACAAAACACAUUGGUGGAAGUGUAAUGGACCUUGUCAAUAUAAUAAGCCAUUUUAUGGAUAUGUAAAAAGGAGUAUGAAUCGUGCACCAGGGCCAAAUGAUAAUUGGUGGUCUAAUCAUCAAGCUAAUUGCAAUGGAAUUUUUAUUAAAGUUAAAGAGCCUGAAGGUUAUGGGUUGAAAAAAAAACCCACUGCUCCAAAACAAUCUGAUGUCAAACCUGUUAAUAAAAUUACAAAUUUUGUUACAAUAUUGAAUCCGCCAAUAAACAAAGUUCUUCAUGAUGGUUCUGAAACAAAUUCCAAAUCAAAAGAGAAUGAUCAAAAGUUUCAAUUAGAUAACAAAUCAAAUUCACCCACUAAAAAAGAUUCUGAACAGAAUGCUAAUAUGUCUUCUAAAUCUGAUGAAUUCAAUAAACAAAAUGCUCAACAAGAUUUAUGUUUAAAAGAUCUAGAUGAAACUACAUUAUGUCCUAUUUGCAAUGAACCUGUGUUUACAGAUUGGUUGAAUGACCAUUUACAAAAUUGUGAUCAAUUGAAAGAGAUGUUUGGCAAUGAAAUUAAUGAUAAAUGUAAAUGCCCAGCAUGCAAUGAUACAAUUGAUAGAUCGUUAAUGAACGAACAUUUAAAUAAUUGUAAAAUGUUAAUAAAUGUGUUUGAAAAUGACUCUGUGGAUAUUCCUGAAGAUACCAAUUAUGUGAACUGUCCAUGCUGUGAAAAAAUGGUUAAAGAAAGUAAUAUUAAUACACAUUUAGAUAUUUGUAUGUCGACAGAAACGCCAACUACACUAAAGCCAAAUGUUGAUAAUAAUAAUUUGAAAUGCCCAUGCUGUGAAAAUAUAUUUAAAAAUGUUAUAGAGUUAGAUGAUCAUAUAGAUAACUGUUUGUCAGUAUGUUAAUAAUCAUGAUUUAUUUUAUAUUUCACUUAUUUUUAUAUUUGCUAUGUUACAUAAAAUGUUUAUUUAUAUUUCAUUCAUUUUUUUCUUCAUUGUAUUUAAGAUAUAAAUAAUCCUUAACUAUAGAAAAUCCAAAAAAUAUUGUUUUAUGUAUUUGUAUUUUAAAUGAUUUGUAUAGAAAGUAUCCCAGAAAGUAUUAAAGUUAAAUCAAAGCUCAUAAACUUAUAAUUCAACUUAAUUAAAAUUACAUAUUUGUGCGAGAAAAAUGUCUGAUUAUUUUGUAAUUGUCUUUAUAUCAAAUACAUAUAUGUAUAUUUUAUAAUAUUUUUAUAAAUUUUAUUUGGUUCA